UAUAAACUUGACCCAGUUUUGGUUCCUAUUUCAUUUCUUUGCUCUCACGUUUUUCGUUUAUUCCUUCUUUCAUCCAUUCUACUUUCUUUUCCUCUCGCUAGUGUUUAGUGCUAGGUGAUUGAUUAACUUAGAAGGACUUUGUGUGUUACAAGAAAACAAGGGCAAGUUUCAUGUCUGAAUUUGACACGAACAUCCCAACUGCUUUUGAUCCCUUUGCUGAGGCAAAUGCUGAGGACUCAGGUGCCGGGACAAAAGAGUAUGUUCAUGUUCGUGUACAACAGCGCAACGGAAGGAAAAGCCUAACAACUGUUCAAGGAUUAAAGAAAGAGUAUAGCUAUAGCAAGAUACUCAAGGACCUGAAGAAAGAAUUCUGCUGUAAUGGUACUGUUGUCCAAGACCCUGAGUUGGGCCAGGUCAUACAACUUCAGGGAGAUCAAAGAAAGAAUGUUUCUACUUUCCUUGUGCAGGCUGGCAUAGUAAAGAAGGAACACAUCAAGCUUCAUGGUUUUUAAGGCCUAGCCAACAGUGGCAAUUUAGCUUCAUGCUACAUACAUAUAACCAACAGCAGUAGCAGUAGCAGCAGCAGCUUAUAAAUCUGAAUUCAAGCAAUUAUCAGUCACAGCAACGUCUGUUAUAUUGUAGUUAAAGAGUCAUAUAUAAUCUGCUGUGGUACUGUUUACCUAUUCUGGAUAGUUACUACUUGAUUAUAUGGUAAGGAUAAUAUGUCUGCUUCUAAGAUAACUGUGUUGAAUAAAUUUGUUAUUAUUCUUUCAUGUGCAAGUGACUUACCCUAUUUUGGUUGCUUUUU